AUGAAAUUCCUCUCUCAAACCCACCUGGGACACCGCAGGAACCGGCUGUCGCAGUUCGGGGGGCGGCUGGAUGACACUCGGAGUUGCGCGGCCCUGCGGGGACCCCGUCUCACCCUCCUCGCCGUUACCAGGCGCCUCUGCAUCCUGAAGGGGAUUUACCCCCACGAGCCCAAGCACAAGAAGAAGGUGAACAAAGGCUCCACCGCACCCAGGACCUUCUACCUUCUCAAGGAUAUCAAAUUCCUCCUUCACGAGCCCAUUGUCAACAAGUUCCGGGAGUAUAAGGUGUUUGUCCGGAAGCUCCGGAAGGCGUACGGGAAGAGCGAAUGGAGCACCGUAGACCGGCUGAAGGACAACAAGCCCAGCUACAAGCUCGACCACAUCGUGAAGGAGAGGUACCCAACCUUCAUAGACGCGCUGCGGGAUCUGGACGAUGCCCUCUCCAUGUGCUUCCUCUUCUCCACCUUCCCGCGGACGGGCAAGUGCCAUGUCCAGACCAUCCAGCUCUGCCGGCGCCUGGCCGUGGAGUUCCUCAACUACGUCAUCGCCUCCCGCUCCCUGCGCAAGGUCUUCCUCUCCAUCAAGGGCAUCUACUACCAGGCCGAGGUGCUGGGGCAGCCCGUCACCUGGAUCACUCCUUACACCUUUGCCCACGAUCACCCCACAGACGUGGAUUACCGUGUGAUGGCCACCUUCACUGAGUUUUACACCACCCUCCUGGGCUUCGUCAACUUUCGCCUCUACCACUCCCUCAACCUGCUCUACCCCCCAAAGAUCGAUGGCCAGGCUGAUGCUGAGCUGAAGCCUGCAGAGGGCAAGGACUACGCCAUGGAUUCCGAGAGCUACCUGGAGAAACUGUCCGCUCUGAGCGCCAGCCUGGCCCGUGUGGUGGCACCAACCCACGAGGACGAGGUGGAGAUGGAUGAGUUCCCAGUGGAGGGGGAGACCGCGGAGCAGAUGGAUGCGAGGAAGAAGGAGCAGGAGGAACUGGAGAAGCACAAAAAGCUGUUUGAAGGGUUGCGCUUCUUCCUCAACAGGGAGGUGCCUCGAGAGCCACUGGCCUUCAUCAUCCGCUGCUUUGGUGGCCAGCUCUCCUGGGACAAGUCCCUGUGCAUUGGUGCCACCUACGACGUGAGCGACCCGUCCAUCACCCACCAGAUCGUUGACCGGCCCCGAGUGGAGCAGCAGGUUGUUGGCAGGUACUACCUGCAACCUCAGUGGGUCUUUGACUCCGUCAAUGCCAAGCUGUGCCUCCCCGUGGCCGACUAUUUCCCUGGUGUGCUGCUGCCCCCGCACCUCUCGCCCUUCGUGACGGAGCAGGAAGGAGACUACAUCCCUCCGGAGAAGCUGAAGCUGCUGGCCAUGCAGAGGGGCGAGAACCCAGAUGAAGAGAGCGAGGAGGAAGAGGAAGAAGAGGAGGAAGAGGAGGACGACAAUGAGAAAGAAGAAGAGGAGGAGGAGGAAGAUGAGUCUGAAAAGGAGGAGGAGAUGAAGUUAAAGAAGAUGGAAGAGCAGAAGACCCAGAGCAACAAGGCGCUUCCCGUGAAGGUGACCGCUGGCAAGCUGCGGCUGGAGGACAAACAGCGCCUGGAGCAGGAGCAGCAAAGCGAGGAGAAGCGUCUGGCCAUCAUGAUGAUGAAGAAAAGGGAGAAAUAUCUCUACAAGAAGAUCAUGUUUGGCAAGAAGCGCAAAGUCCGAGAGGCGAACAAACUCGCUGCGAAGAGGAAAGCCCAUGACACUGCUGUCAAAGAGGAGAAAAAGAAAAACAAGAAGGCGCGACGAGUGUGA